UGCUGCCUCUGCAGAGGCGCUCCGGGGACAGCGCCGCGUGUGUAACGGCGGGGGCGUGGCGACGGCGAGUGCAGCCAGGCCGGGACCGGAGGUGUCCGGGUGGCCGUGGCUUCCUGGGAGCCGGCCUCUGUGGACACCGUGAGGCGGAACGGAGCGGCGGAGCAGGAGCCGUUUCGGGCCGGCGAGGUCAGGCUCGUGGCUGAAGGACUUCCUUCUCUUCUUCCGCAGGGCCUGGAAGUUAAAACCACGCUUUCAUUCCACGUGAAGUCUACCCCCAGCCCCUCAUCUCCUCUUCCCGACCCUGUGGGAUCUCUCUCUCAUCGAGGAGGCCAUGGAUACCACGACGCCUUUGCCUCCCGUACCCCCCUCCCCGAUCUGCAACCCAGCCCCACGGACUAUCCAGAUCGAGUUCCCCCAGCAUAGCUCAUCGCUGCUGGAAUCCCUGAACCGCCACAGGCUAGAGGGAAAGUUCUGCGAUGUGUCCCUCCUGGUGCAGGGCCGGGAACUUAGGGCUCACAAAGCAGUGCUGGCUGCUGCCUCUCCUUACUUCCAUGACAAGCUGCUUCUGGGAGAUGCACCGCGUCUCACCCUGCCGAGUGUCAUUGAAGCAGAUGCCUUUGAGGGGCUGCUCCAGCUCAUUUAUUCAGGGCGCCUCCGCCUGCCACUGGAUGCUCUCCCUGCCCAUCUCCUUGUGGCCAGUGGCCUUCAGAUGUGGCAAGUAGUAGAUCAGUGCUCAGAGAUUCUUAGGGAACUGGAAACUUCAGGUGGUGGAAUUUCAGUCCGUGGAGUAAAUUCCUACCAUGCUCUUCUUUCCACCACAUCGUCUCCAGGAGGCUGGUGCAUUCGCUCUUCCCCUUUCCAGACUGCAGUGCAGUCCUCCGUUUCUACUGAGAGCCCUGCUUCAACUGAGAGCCCUGGGGGAGGGGAGGGGAGUGAACUGGGAGAAGUGUUACAAAUUCAGGUGGAGGAAGAAGAGGAGGAGGAGGAGGAAGAAGAGGAAGAAGAUGAGGACCAGGGGUCAGCAGCACUCUCGCAGACUCCUCAGCCUCAGAGAGUAUCAGGUGGUUUUCCCCGUCCUCACGGAUCCCACCCACUGCCCAUAUCUGCUACUCCCCGCAGGCUUCCAGAGGGUGAGAGUGUGCCACUUGAGCUUCCUGCCCCUUCUACCACACUGCCCCCCAAAAUCUUCUACAUUAAGCAGGAACCCGUCGAGCCUAAGGAGGACAUAUCAGGAGGUGGCACUCAGUCUGGAGGAGCAAAGGAGGAGACCAAAGUGUUUCCUGAAGGGGACACUGAAGGGAAUGGGGAGCUAGGGUUCUUGUUGCCCUCAGGAGCAGGGGCAACAUCUGGGGGAGGGGGUCCUUCCUGGAAACCAGUGGAUCUUCAUGGCAAUGAAAUCCUGUCGGGGAUUGGAGGACCUGGGGGAGCAGGGCAGGCUGUGCAUGGGCCUGUGAAGCUAGGGGGAACACCCCCUGCUGAUGGAAAACGCUUUGGUUGCUUGUGUGGGAAGAGGUUUGCAGUGAAGCCAAAGCGUGAUCGGCACAUCAUGCUGACCUUCAGCCUUCGGCCUUUUGGCUGUGGCAUCUGCAACAAGCGCUUCAAGCUGAAGCACCAUCUGACAGAGCACAUGAAGACCCACGCUGGAGCCCUGCAUGCCUGUCCCCACUGUGGCCGCCGGUUCCGGGUCCAUGCCUGUUUUCUUCGCCACCGGGACCUAUGCAAGGGCCAGGGCUGGGCCACUGCUCACUGGACUUACAAGUGACUGCUGAGGCCAUACACUUACUUCUAGGACAAGUGACCUUGGAGGCCACAUGGUGAAGAUGGUGAUGUCACAACAUGGAAGGAUCCAGGAUUCUUGAGUCACCACUUGAUGGCAAACUGCCCAGGAGAGCCAACUGGACUUUGAGCAAAAAACAAACUUUUAUUGUGUAAAGCAGUUGAGAUUUGGGGAUUGAUUGUUACAGCAUUUGACUACCAUGACCAAUAUACAUGUGUUGCAAAUGUAUCUGUGCUUUGUCU